CCGGCCAAACCCCAUACCAACACCGCACAAGGAAGGAGGAGACCAACACAACCUCCUUCCUCCGGUAGUCCAACCUCCCACGCGCUUACACAACCGCGUCGCCUCUCUCCCCGUCCGCCCAUAUAAACCGGCAGCCACAAUCCCCGGCCUCACCAGAUCAAAUCCACCGGAUUCCUCCUCAUCGAAUCGAAUCGACCAAGACCACCACCACCACCACCACCGCCGCCAGCAUGGGCUCCGCCAGCCGCGCCGUCUCCUGCCUGUGCUGCCCCUGCAAGUGCCUCGCCUGCGGCCUCUUCAGCUGCCUCUGCAGCAUCCUCAUCUCCCUCCUCGUCACCGUCGGCGUCCUCGCCCUCGUCCUCUACCUCAUCUUCCGCCCCCACAUGAUCGCCGCCACCGUCGACUCCGCCUCCCUCGCCACCUUCAGCCUCUCCCCGACCUCCUCGCUCGCAUACAACCUCACCGUCGCCAUGACCGUGCGCAACCCCAACAAGCGCGUCGGCCUCUACUACGACAACGUCGAGGCCCUCGCCUUCUACAAGGACCAGCGCUUCGGUUACGAACCCAUCGACGCCUUCUACCAGGGCACCGAGGCGUCCACCCAGCUCAAGCCCGAGUUCCACGGCCAGCAGCUGCUCCAGGGGGACGUCACCGCCGCGCAGUUCAGGCAGGAGCAGACCGACGGAAAAUUCGCCAUCAACGUCGGGCUCAACGCCAAGCUCAGGGUCAAGGUCUGGGCCUUCAAGGUCCGGGGGCCCAAGGCCAGGAUCACCUGCAAGCUCUUCGUCCCGGCGCCGGGAGCCACCAACGGAGCCACGUUCCAGCCCACAGACUGCAGAGUCUGGUUCUGAUCUGCUUCCGCUUGGUGCUUUGCCACCUGUUACUGCUAGCUAGUAGCUAUUCAUGAUUCUUUCUGUUCUUCGGUUUUCGAUUUGUUGGUGGGAGGAUGUUGCUGUACAUCGCCGGCUGCUAUAGAUUCUAGAUUCCGUCCCGUACCCUUAGGCAUGCACAUAUUUGUUUGUUAUAUCCAUCCAUGGAUGACUCUCUUGUUUUGCCAUUGGAUCGAUAUUUACCAGUAUACAUUUAUCUACCAUCAUCUUGCUAUUGCUGUUCAGACGAGA